UCAAAGACGUUCUCGUAGUUUGAUUUGUGAAGUGUUCGAAUUGUGUUGGAGCCAAAUUUUGUUUUGCGAGUAGUGAAAAGUGUAAAGUGGUCAGUAAUGAAAUAUGUCGGAUAUGAACCGUGUUCCACUAACAUGCGUGUCUCAGGCGUCGUCUAGUAAGAGUAAAAAUGUGAUAAAGAAAACAACCAGAAUAUCCAUCAAGCUGCCCCAGUCCGAUGAAAACACAUGUCCGGAAUUUAACUACCAAGAUGAGCUUGAUGCGGUUAAGAGGAAAGCGUCGAAAAAUACCGAAAAUGGACGCAUACCAGAUAUACUCGAUGACGAUGAUGAUGUCAGGAGGAUAGCGAAGGAAAUGGAAGAAAAAUAUGGUAAUAAAGUAUCAAAUGUACCAAAGAAGAAGCGCAAAAAGAGAAGAGACGAUUACGCUGAUAUCGGUAUGGGAUAUGAUGAAUCCGAUUCAUUUAUAGACAAUACUGAUGGCUAUGAUGAAAUCAUUCCACAGAAUGUUGAAACCUUACUCGGAGGCUUUUAUAUAAACUCUGGAGCGUUAGAAUUCAAGACUGGCCAGGAAGAGAGCGAUGAUUCCACAGACGAUGCGUCAAAUUCCAGUAGUGGAUCUAGAAAGAGGAGUUUAUCUAGCGAGGGUUCUGAAGACGAGGAGGAAAAAGAUCAGCCAAGUAAUAAGAAAAUUAAAGUAGCACCUGGCGAAAACGGAAUGCAGAAAGCUCUGAAGAAGAAACUAUUCAGUCCGAACAAAAUACUGAAGAAGAAGAAGCCAACGAAUGUUAUCAAGAAAACUGUAUCGGAACUGUUGAAGGAAAAGAGGAAAGAUUUGAAUUUGAGUACCAGCGAUUGUAGGUUGGAAGUCAAUGCAGAUGACAGUGAAGCAAAGCAAAGUAUGGAAAAUGGAAAAGUAUCUAACAGUAUAACCGAUGCUAUCGAGUCUGUAGUAAAAGCGUCUGAAGACAAUGUUCGAACAGCCGAAAAAGUAGUAUCUAGUCAAGCCAAUGAUAUAAUAGCAAAACCAGUUACGUUGCCGGAGAACUUACCGAAGAGUAUCAUCAAUAUAAUAAACUCGAUAAAAGAAAAGAGCGAGAACUACACGAAUGGCGACAAGUUCACGAAAGAAAUCAAUCACCUACUGACAAGUUUUGAGCGAAAGUGUAAAUUUAUCGGAAAACCAUCCAAAUACAAAGUUUACGAGAAUUUAUCGUACUACCUUAAAGUGGAGAAGCAAGUCCUGAUCCAGCAUUGUAACCAACUAGCUCUGAAGGAUGAUCAGAAUAAGAUUGAAUCGUUACUUAGGCAGUUGAAAGCUGAAAUCGACAAGGUGAUGCCAUCUAUUGUACAGAGUUACGAGAGGGACUGUGAGCUUGUGGUGGAAAGGAGAAAUAUGCUCCAACAACAAAAUCCAGAAGGUGACGAGAAAAGGAAAAUAGGGAGACCAAAGAGAAAGUUUCAAUGGAAUGACACCACGAGAAAAUUCCUAAAAGACACUGCCACAAUCAAGAAACGAAGCUUCCUGAACCAGAACAACUCGAUAGACUCGUGGGAAGAAGAACUGACUACAUUCCUGAAGAACAAGGUGAUACACCUGUGGCCCGAAGGUUGGAUGACCAUGACGGCCCUCACCAAAGUCUGCAACAAGCUGUUCAGCGAGCCCAACGCCGUCGCCCCGAACCAGGCUGGUUCCAGUUCUCGGAAGGAAAGCAACAAAAUCACUGCCACCAACACUCCCAACCUACCAUAUCCGAACAUUUCGAUUACGCCAGUUGUUAACAAUAUCACUCCGAAAGCGUCUAUACCGGAAAGGAUCAUCGAUGGUAAAAGGUAUCCAUUGCCUCAUCAUAAGCUUCUCAACUUAUCCAAAGGAACAGAUGACACCCCCGAAAGCAGCCCCGAACAACACUACACCCUGGAGAAGUCGACAUAUAAAGAAAAGAAAGAAACGGUUGAAUAUAGUACGGAUAAGAAAAACAACAACGCUGAUACUUUCUUCAAGGUAGAUUACGAUAAAAUCAAGUCAACGCAACCCUCUCCAAAACCGGUGAAUUUAGAUGAAGCGAAAUUGCCGAAUGUGAGUAUUAUAGAGAUAGACGGACCGACUGAUUUCAGCAACAUACUGCCAAAAACGAAAUUUGUUCCGAAAAGCGAGGCGGAAAGUCCUAAUUCCUCCAACAGAAUUCUGUCCGGUGAAAGUAGUGGUCACAAAAAGGACAACAACAGAACUUUGAUCAUCAACAACUGCGAGGUCACGCCAGUGAGGAAACAGGAUGAAAUGAAAAAUAACCAAGAUGGUGACGAUAUCCAGAAGGUGAUGGAACACUUGAAGACUCUUCAGCAGAUGUCCUCGCCAGUGAAACCCUUCGACGGAUCCUAUUCGAACUCUGGGUUUUCGCAGAAAACCUCUAGUUUGUUGCAGAACGAUGUUAAUCUAGUGACUACUAAUUUUCAAGACGAGUACCAAAAACAGUUGUUGAAUGCGUUAGGAACCCUCAGUGCUAGCACGUCAAAGUCGAACUACAAGUGCAGUUAAUGAAAAGGGGUGUAUACAUUUUUUUAAAUAUGAUCUUGUGUAAAGAAUUUUAUAUUUUUUUCUGUAUUAUCGAAAAUUCCUAUGGAAUUCGAAUAAGAGUGUAGAUGCAACAAGAAGUUUGCGGAAACCUGACCUUUUUGUGAAUUAAUAAUUGGAAGAUUAUGGACAGUUGAUAAACUUUUCUGUGUGAAAGCAAUUGGCUUUGUUAUCGAUUAUGUGAAAAAUUUCUGAGAAAUCAUGAAUUAUUGAAAUUUUUUCCUUGUGAAUAUCUCUCCUAUAUUUUUGUAUAAAAUCAAAAUUUGUUGUUUAUUGAAUGGCGCCGACCAGCUUUAUUUAUUGUAUUAUUGUUUUUUUUUUACUUCAAAAAUAAAAUCGAAAUUGCAAGCUCUUUA